GCGGGAGGUAAUCCCCUCUCCCUUCCAGCCACUCCCACCGACGGGCUCUGUGCUCUCACUCGCCCGUUUAGCUUGAGUUGCUUCUGAUGCUGCAGCUACCGUAGUCGCUAUAUCUCCCCAUAACAGCAGUCAUGGCGACAGAGGUCCAACCGCUCACUCUGGAUCGAGAUGUAGCCAGGGCGAUUGAGCUGCUGGAGAAGCUACAGGAGUCCGGAGACGUCCCAGGUCACAAGCUGCAGUCCCUGAAGUUGGUGUUGCAGAGUGAGUUCUGCACAGCCAUUCGAGAGGUGUACCAGUACAUGCAUGAAACAAUCACAGUCAAUGGCUGCCCGGAGUACCAGGCACGGGCUACAGCGAAGGCCACAGUUGCAGCCUUUGCGGCCAGCGAGGGUCACUCUCACCCCCGAGUGGUGGAGCUGCCCAAGACGGAGGAGGGGCUGGGCUUCAACGUGAUGGGCGGCAAGGAGCAGAACUCUCCCAUCUAUAUCUCCCGCAUCAUCCCAGGGGGCUUGGCUGAGAGGCACGGGGGCCUGAAGCGAGGGGACCAGCUCCUGUCUGUCAAUGGUGUGAGUGUGGAGGGGGAGCACCACGAGAAGGCAGUGGAGCUUCUGAAGGCAGCCAAGGACAGUGUGAAGCUGGUGGUACGCUACACGCCCAAGGUCCUGGAGGAGAUGGAGGCGCGCUUCGAGAAGCUCCGCACGGCCCGCCGCCGCCAGCAGCAGCAGCUCCUCAUGCAAGCCCAGCAGCAGCAGAACCUCACUACCCAGCAGAACCAUAUGUCGUAGACUGUUCCAAAAGAAGAAGUAGUGUAGGACACCAAAAGCAAGGUUCUAAGUCCAUCUCUGUGCGGAGGAUCCCGGAGGAACCACCUGGUAGAGGAGAAUAUGAUACUGUUAAGCAGUGAAGACUCUCUCUCGCCCUUCAAUGUACUACCAACAGAAAGAAGCAAAACUGAAUGAUAUGUGUUCUGAAAUGUAAACAAUGGUGCUUGUGACUUGAGACAUUUGAGGCUAGCACUGAAACCCAUCCUUUUAACUUUUAUUUUUGUUUGUGUUCAUUUUAAGUUUUCCUCUAACAGUUGAAAGUUGUGACCCUCCUCAAUGUUCCCCCUUGUCAUUUGUGAUAGUUUAUUUUUGUUAUCUGUUUUGAAUUCAUUUCACUUGUCUCCUGACUUUGGUUUUGCUAUAGCUUUGUACAGUGAUAUUGUUUAUUCUAUGGGAGCUUGUGUCUGUGUGUGAAUGAACAUUGCUUUUUUGUGUCAAACUUGUCCUGCUUUGGAUAAAUGUGAACUCUUUUUUUACCUUAUAUAUUGCAGUGAGAAAAUAUUUUGUAUGGAAACUUGUAGAUUUAGCAAUAACAGACUUUCGUUGGUUUUACAUUUCACAUAAAAGUAACGAUUAGAGAUAUACAGUAUGUGGUAAAGAUACAAAAGUUAACCAUGUAAUACUCGGUCAACUGUAUCUUAUGCACUGUGUGUCAUAAGGCAGCUUCUGCCAUUAAAAUCAAAUGGCUGUUAAAAGAGGAAGAGAAUGUGGAAUGUUCUCGGUCGUCUUAUCAAUAAGGGACCUCUGUUUUAAACUCUCUCCUUCAACUCUCUACCUAUCGUCUGACGUAGUAUUCUCAUGACAAGUAACCGUAUUUAAGUAUAACAAGUUGCACUGUGGAUUCAUUCAAAGCUAUUAGAAAACCAGUUGAUGAUCAAGACUGAUCAAAAGGAGUCUUGUAUCUGUAGUACUGUCAGACAAACAAUACAUUGGAUGGUUUUCCUAGUAGCAAACUCUAGUAUGUAUGUUCUAUAUAGGCCUAGUUCCUUUGUGGGUGGGUAUUGAAGUAGUGCAAGAUCAUUUGACAGGCAUACUGUGUGCAAUGUGCCAUCCUGAUAGUCCAACCAGAUUGGGCUGUGAAUGUGUUUUGUCCCUCAACUUUUGAGCAGUUCAUCUUGCCUCUGACAGAUCCCUUUUGUACAUUUACUUAUUCUCUUUCUAAUUCACGACUUGCAUUUUUUUAGGCUGGACGUACUGUACUUCCUGACUGGACGUACUGUACUUCCUGAUUCGACGUACUGUACUUCCUGAUUCGACGUACUGUACUCCCUGAUUUGACGUACUGUACUUCCUGAUUGUACAGAAAAAAAAGACAACACCAGGUGAUAUGCAAUUGUUAUACAUAUUAUAUUUGUAUAAAUAAAUAUAUGUGCGUGUGUACAAUGACGACUUUA